UCUCUGAGCUCCUGCCUCACAUUAACUGUUCACCCUCAGUGUCUCCUCAGAUGUUCUCUUUGUGAGCUCUCAGCUUUCUCUUUAAAUCUCCUCCUCCUCCUCCUCCUCACUGAGCACAGACAAACUUUCACUUUCGUUUCUUCACAAGUUACUUCCUUGUUUGUCUGACUGAUUCUCUCUGCAUGCCUCUCCUGUGAAUGACGAUGGCUGAAGCCCAGCUGGGUGGAUUACAGGAUGAGUUCACCUGCUUGGUGUGUCUGUACACCCUGAAUGACCCCGUCACCAUCCCCUGUGGUCAUAAUUUCUGUCUGAAGUGCCUUACUGACUGCUGGGAUCAGAGCCAAGAGUGUAGCUGUCCUCAGUGCAGACACACCUUCACCACAAGGCCUGAGCUAAACAGAAACACUCAGCUGAAUGAAGUCAUCAAGAGAUAUAAAAGACCAAGACUCAGUCCUCCUCUGUCUCAGAAUUAUGCUGGCCCUGGAGACGUGGAGUGUGACUUCUGUACAGGUAAGAAGUUCAGAGCGGUGAAGUCCUGUCUCACCUGCAUGGCCUCCUACUGUCAGACUCACCUGCAGCCUCACUAUGAAGUAGCAGCCCUGAAGCACCACAAGCUGGUUGAUCCUGACAGAAAUCUGAAGGAGAAAUUCUGUGGAAAAUAUCAGAAAAGUCUGGAGAUGUUUUGCAGAACCGACAAGACAUUUAUCUGCUUGAUGUGUGCGGUGAAUGAACACAACAGUCAUGAAAAGUCCGCGCUGGAGACGGAAAGAGAAGGAAAAAAGAAACAGCUGGUAGAGACACAGAGUGAAAUUAGGAAAAGACUUGAAGACAAAGAGAAGAAGCUGAAGAAGACGAGGAGCACAGUGGAGGAGAUGAAGGUCUCUGUGAAACAAAAGAUGGAGGAACAUGACAAGAGCUUCACUGCUCUGAUUCAAUGCAUUGAGGAAGCCCAUAAGAAACUGACUGAGAAGAUCAGAGAACAAGAAAAAAGAAACAUUGAGAAGGCUGAAGGAGUCAUGGAGCAACUGGAGAAGGAGAUUGAGGAGCUGAAGAGAAAAGAUGUUGAGCUGAAGAAGCUUUCAGAAACGAAGGACCACGUCCACUUCCUACAGACUUUCUCAUCUUGUUGUGUCCUUCCUGCUGAUGGAGACUCGCUCAGCUUCACUGUUAAGGCUGACUUUUCUUCUGAGGGCCUUCUAAAGGAGAUGUCAGAUUUGAAAAAGAGUCUGGAGAAGAUCAGCCAGUGGGAAAUCUUGACAUGGACUCCACCAGGUCAUGAAUCUCCAAUCUUCACCCUACGGCCUCCUGAACCUCAGAGUAGAGAGGAGUUUUUACAAUGUCGUGAAGCUCCAAUCUUCACCCUACAGCCUCCUGAACCUCAGAGCAGAGAGGAGUUUUUACAAUACUUCUGUCCCCUCACACUAGACAUCAACACAGCACACAGAUACCUUUGUCUGUCUGAAGGGAACAAGAAGGUGACACGUGAGUGGACAAAAGCUACAUACCCCGAUCAUCCUGAGAGAUUUGACCACUUGGCCCAAGUUCUGUGCAGAGAGGCUCUGACUGGGACACACUGUUACUGGGAGGUGGAGGGCAGUGGAGACGACAUGAUGAUUGGAGUCGCAUAUAAUGGACUGGACAGGAAAGGACGGGGUGUGGAGUGCAGCCUUGGAUACAAUGACAAGUCCUGGUGUUUGCUGUGGUCUCAUUCCCGGUACACUGUGCGACACAAUAACAAGAGGACUGUAAUCAGCGCCCCCUACAGCCCCAGAAUAGGUGUGUAUCUGGACUGGCCUGCUGGCUCUCUGUCAUUUUAUAGCGUCUCACACACAAUGACCCUCCUGCACAGGUUCAACACCUCCUUCACUGAGCCCCUCUAUCCAGGGUUUGGGUUUGGUCCUGCUUCGAGUGUAACAAUCUGCCAUCUGACACCAGGAGACCACUGACCAGUACUCUUCACUGGUCACUUUAUGUUUCCAUCAAGCACAGGUGUCUUUGUGUUGGUAGUUUGAGGUCAAAAUGAAUUUUACUCGAUGAGCUCUUCACUGCUGACCUAAGCCCUGCUGCCCUCUCCUCUCUCCUGUCACCUCAGCCAUUGCUUCAGUCCCUAAUGUGUGACCUCAUAAAGCCACUGGUCUGUCUGGUCACUCAGGUCCUCGUCACAGCUGCACACUGGCAGACGUUCAAACUCUACAGGCUGACAGCCAUGUUGUCCUGUCGUCUGGAUGUUUGUGUUGGUUGAGGUCGUCUCCUGCUAACCUUGGGGGCUUUUAGAGCUCAGGAUUAAUGAACAGACUGUCGAGAAAUGGAAAUGUCAGUCAGCAGUGUGGGCAGGUAAGCAAGUAGGCACAUUCAGGGGAAAAUGUCAUUUAAAAGUCGAUGAGCACACUGGACACAUCGCCAGUCACUGAUAAUCGACUCCACGUCAGCUCCUGUGGCCCUCAUCAUGUGCUGUAAACUCAGACACUGGUCAUGUGACUUGCACCUUAAUGACAUUCCUGUGACUUUCAGGGCUGUGACAUCAGCUGAUUCUUCUGGAGCCAAACUGCUCCCUCUUGUGGCCUCUCUGCAUAUUAAACACAUGAGAAGUUAGGAUGUGAAGUGUUUGGUGAGAUCUAAAAAAUAUUCAGAAUAUUGACAUUACCUUGAAUGACAGUUUGGUUUUCUACAAAUUAAUUAUGUGAAAGAAUAUUUACUUUAUAUGAAUCUUUUAUUAAUUAUGAUUAGGUGUUACAGUCACAGAGACAAAUGGCAUAUGAAUGCUUCCAAAUUUGUAAAAUUUCAAUUCUUUAUUAAUUAAAAAAAUGACUACCGUCCAUCCAUCCAUUUUCCAACCCGCUGAAUCCGAACACAGGGUCACGGGGGUCUGCUGGAGCCAAUCCCAGCCAACACAGGGCACAAGGCAGGAAACAAUCCUGGGCAGGGUGCCAACCCACCGCAGGACACACACAAACACACCCACACACCAAGCACACACUAGGGACAAUUUAGAAUCGCCAAUCCACCUAACCUGCAUGUCUGUGGACUGUGGGAGGAAACCGGAGCACCCGGAGGAAACCCACGCAGACACGGGGAGAACAUGCAAACUCCACGCAGGGAGGACCCGGGAAGCGAACCCAGGUGACUACCGUUAUUUGUCAAAUCUGUUCAUUUGGUAACUUUUGAUUUGUAAAUUCCUCUGAUCAUAUUUCAUGUUUUGUAUGUUCAGAAGAUAUUAGGACUUCUUGUUUAUGAUUAUUCCUCUUUAAUAAAAGGACAAGUGUCUGUGUGUCUGUCUGUGUAUCCAACAGAUGGCACCUCACAAACAUCAGCACUGAUUUUAUGACUCCCAUGCUAAUCAAUAUCAUCUAGUUGCAGAGCUGCAGCACCAGACAGCACCACUGAUAUUGGCCAGCUGUUUAAUGACAGAAUGUGUGUUAGUGUGAGUGUGAUUAGUGGGCACCAUACCAGCCUGUAAACCUCCCUGCUGGCGCGCAAAUGCUGGUCCAGACCUGUGGCAGUUAGUUUUGCUUCGGCUCUGCAAAUAGAAUGGCAUAUAGAAUAGACAUACGUAUUGGAUUUGUCACUCCAACAGAUGGCACAUCACAAACAUUAACACUGCUUUCAUGAUUCCCAUACCAAUUAACAUAUAACAGAGAUACGUGCAUUGCAUUUGUCACACCAACUGAUGGCGCAUCACAAAUAUUUGUACUAAUUCAUUGUAGUACUACAAAUAUUUGUGAUAUACCAUCUGUUGGAAAGACAACUGCAAUGCAUUUUAUUAUUACAUAGAUUUCAAAACGCAUUCCAACAGAUGGUGCACUGCAAACAUUUACACUGAGAUGUAAACUUAGAAUUCAAUCCAUCUUAGAUGUGUAGCACAGAUAGUUUGAUAGAGUGCAUCAAAAAGUAUGGUGAUGCCAUAUGAGUAUUUUAUUUUUAAGGUCACAGCAAUUAAGCUAAUUAUUGAGGCAGAUGAGCGUUGCUGCCCAGUCUGAGUGUUUGUGUUCUGCUGUGUGUGUUUGUGCCUGUGUGUUUCCAUGUUACACAUGAUAGUCCGCUGUGAUAAGGUGGGUGGUCUCUAUGACUCCAGUCUGACACCACACAUUCUAUAUCAGCUGCUAAUAAGUCCUGACAUUAAACUUUAUCAGAUACGCUUGUUAAACUGUUUUGGUUUUUCCCUCGAUAAUAUUCAAGUGAUGGCUGCUUGCAUUCUGUACGCACUGCUGAUAUUAUAUGAGGAGUCAAAGCUGCUGUAGUUCUGCUAAGAUGUGGAUUAGCAAUAAGAAGAGACGGCUACUUCAGUCACCUCUUGAAGGGCAGCAGCUGAUAUUCAGACAACUUCAAUCGACACCAAGUGUGCAUCUCUGCAGCCCGGAGCCUCCACCCUGGAGCUCCAAGGAGGUGGCGUUGACUCCAAUGGGCGCCAACUGGGAGGAACUUGGAGUUAAAAAACACUAAAGAGUCCUGCAAUUCUGGAAAUGUCCACUAGAGGGGAGUGAACCAUCAUAUUUAUCACAAACUGAGGUGUAAUAAUGAGGUAGUAAGUCAUAUAAUUAUGAGUUAAGUCAUAACAAUGAAAUACUAAACCAUAAUAAUAUAAUAAUAACGAUCAAGUGCUGGUGACCUGCUAUUACUAUUAAUAGACUUGCAUUUAAUUUGGUGCUGUUUCAUUAGCAACGUGUAACUCGCGGACAGAUUAAUUUAUGCUGGUCCCAAAGAGCAAGUGACAAAAAAUGUAAAGGUGUGCUAUGCUCACAAUUAAAAAAGAUUACACGCGCGAUAAAACAAAGUGACCGCACAAAUAACGUGAUGCGCACAUUCAAACGAGAUGACGCGCUCACAAUCAGAAGGGUGACGGCAAGUCUAAGUGCAUGGAAAGAUUGGGAACCGUGGCAAAACAAAAGGAAAAUGCUGAUUGGUCAGUUGUAAGGUUUGUCUGUCAGUCCUCUGGGGAAGUUUUCAUUUAAGUGGCGUGCUGAGUAAGGGAAAAUUAAUGUAAGCAGGAGUUCAUGUCAAGAAAUUUCAAUAAAGUUAAUUGAUGGAUUAUUUAAGGGAGGAGAAAUUUGUUGGGUGGAGUAGAGAGAGAGAGAGAGAGAGAGAGGGAGACCAGAAGUGUUCUUGGGUAGCUCAGUGCUGUAUCUCCACUGUUGUAUUAUUAAAGAAAUAAAAUAUAAUUGACAAAUAGUCCACAAACUGGGGUGACCAUCUCUUUGUACCUUUCCGCAAAUCGAGGACUCAAUCUGCUAUGCUAUCGAGAUUGCCUGUAAGCCCAGAAGUUAAAUUUGUGGACAUUAAUUUGCAUUUCUAUAGAUGGCAU